UGAGACAGAGGAAGAGGUUAUGCAUUCUAGAGUGUGAGUGAGUGUGUGUCAGUUUUCCUGCAGCAGUUAGCACACACACACACACACACACACACACAUGAUCUGUUCACUGCUGUGUGUGUUUGUGUGAUGAUGGACGUUUUGGAGAUCUCCACACGAAACCCUCAGGACGACUUUGAGAUUCUGCUGCGGGUUGGUGGAGGGACGUAUGGAGAAGUUUAUAAGGCUCGCAAUAAACAGAAUGGAGAAUACGCAGCCAUUAAAAUCAUCAAAAUGGAGCCUGAGGAUGAUUUCUCAGUCAUCCAGCAAGAGAUCGUGAUGGUGAAGAGCUGCACACACAGAAACAUCGUGGCCUAUCACGGCAGCUACAUCAGGAUGAAUAAGCUGUGGAUCUGUAUGGAGUACUGCGGUGGAGGAUCUCUGCAGGACAUUUACCACGUGACCGGUCCUCUGUCCGAGCAGCAGAUCGCUUACGUCUGUCGAGAGAUGCUGCAGGGUCUUGAUUAUCUUCACGGACAGAAGAAGAUCCACAGAGACAUCAAGGGUGCAAAUAUUCUCCUGAACGAUCAUGGAGAAGUCAAACUGGCUGACUUUGGGAUCUCGGCCCAAAUCACAGCCACGUUUGCCCGUCGAAUGUCCUUCAUUGGGACGCCGUACUGGAUGGCUCCAGAGGUGGCCGCGGUCGAGAUCAAGGGUGGAUAUAAUGAGCUGUGUGAUAUCUGGUCUGUGGGAAUCACAGCGAUUGAGCUCGCAGAACUACAGCCGCCUCUCUUCGAUGUCCAUCCUCUCAGAGUUUUGUUCCUGAUGUCCAAGAGUGGCUAUCAGCCUCCAAAACUCAAAGACAAAUCAAAAUGGACACCCACUUUCUACAACUUUGUGAAGUGCAUGCUGGUCAGAAACCCAAAGAAGAGACCCAGUGCUAAAAAGAUGCUAAUGCACAUGUUUGUGACUCAGCAAUGUUUGAGACAACAGUUAACCCUUGAACUGCUGGACCAACUCAGACACCCUGACGAACACAAAAACUUACAGACCGAUGAUGACGAUUUGGAGGUGAUUGUCCCACAUUCACUAAGAAGAAUUCACUCGAUCAACAGACACAACCGGGCCGAGAGAACGAACUCAGACAUCAGCUUGGAACAGAUCUACACACAGAGACCCGCCACUGACAAACGAGAGUCUCCAGAAGGAACGGUUAGUGUUCGUGUACAUACACAGCCCAUGUGCUAAUGAUUUCUCAAAAUAAACUCUUACAGAGAUGAGAGCGUGGACACGGAUGACGAUUACGAUGACGUGGAAAUUAACACACUGCAGUACAGCGAUGAAGUUCCUCCUCCUCUUCCUCCCAAACCGAAGCAGAGCAGUAGUUCAGAGGAGAGUAUGGCAGCAGAAGAUGAUCACAGUAAAGCUCCGUUCAUCAGCGUCCCGUCACCUUUAUUCAGGACGUCCAGCGGGACACACACUCGACCUCGACCCAUCCCUCGACCACGAUCUGUGCGCAGCGUCAACUCAGAUCCGUCUGCGUUCUCCAGCUUCCUCACUGAUCCUCCAGUAGAUCUUCGGCCUCCUGAACUUCCACCGAAGAAGGACAGAAGACGCAGACAAGCUCCUCAGGAUCCGGUCGAGUGUGUCAGUCCAGUGGUCAAGAAACCGCCGAUUGUCUUCAGGAAGGUCUUUCACGGCUGUCCUCUGAAGCUGAACUGCUCGAGCUCAUGGGAGCAUCCCUCCACUAAAGAUCAGCACCUGAUCUUCGGGGCGGAUGAGGGCAUCUUUACACUAAACCUCAACAGUUCUGAGACCACCAUGGAGCUGCUGUUUCCGGGCAAGUGUGUGUGGCUGUACACCAUCGGCGGCGUGUUAAUGUCCGUCUCAGGGAAGUCGUCUCAGCUGCACUCACACUCGCUGAAGGAGCUGUACGAACAGACGCGCAGAGAGCAUCGCAUCGUUGCCCUGCCGACACACAGGCUGUUGCCACGGAAGUUUGCAAUCAGCACGAAGAUCCCAGACACAAAAGGAUGCAGAACGUGUUCAGUGGCUCAUAACGCUCAGAACGGCUGUGUGUUCCUGUGCUGUGCGCUGGAGUCCAGUGUGGUUCUGCUGCAGUGGUACGAGCCCAUGCACAAGUUCAUGCUGAUCAAGCAAUUUGACUUCCCUCUGCCGACGCCGCUGCGUCUGUUUGAGAUGAUGGUGGUUCCGGAUCAGGAAUAUCCUCAGGUUUAUAUCCGGGUGAGCAGAGGAUCCGGGCCGUCACACCCGGUCCAGCUGGACUACAUCGACCUGAACUCCAACACAUCCUGGUUCGCUGAUACUGGACUCGAGAACCGCUGCGCUGACAGAGUUCAGUUGAAUCAGCUGGACGGUGACACGCUGCUGGUUUUGAUUGACAACUCUGUUCAUACGGUCACUCUGGACGGAUCUGCUAAAGGUCACAGACACCUGAUGGACGUCAGCUUCAAGUUAGACAUCGACGCUGUGGUGUAUCACGACGAGACGCUGAUCGCCGUCUGGAAACACGGCUGGCAGAGGAGAGGUCAGGGGUCAUCAGAGAUCCUGCAGGAGAUCACUGACCACAAGAAGACAUUCCGGCUGCUGGGGUCCGACAGAAUCGUUGUCAUGGAGAAGCGAGCGUGUGAUGACCAAUCAGGACCUUGUAAUCUGUACAUCCUGGAGACGGUUGACUCCACCCCUGUUUCCAAACACACACAGCCAACCUCUGGUGUUAAUUAAACUUGUCCUGAUGUUAAUAAAGACGUCAGCACAGGUGUGUGAACACAGGACGCCUCUGUCUCCAGUGUGUGUGUGUGUGUGUGAUUUCUCAGCCAUCAGUCCAAUGAAAAACCCUAACAACAUCAACUUGUACAGUUUCCAACAAGAGUGCUGCACAGACACCGAGAAAUCCAGAGCAGACGAGAAUGUGCACGAGCGAGACAAUCUAGAUUUACAGCAGUUUCAGAGACACGUCCUGACAGAGCCAUCAGCACAGUGUGUGUGUGUGUGUGUGUGAGUGUGUGUGAGAGUGUGAGUGUGUGUGUGUGUGUGUGUGUGUGUGUGUGUCUGUGUGUGAGUGUGUGUGUGUGUGUGUGAGUGUGUGUGUGUGUGUGUGUGUGUGUGUGUGUGUGUGCGUGUGAGUGAGUGUGUGUGUUUGUGUGAGUGAGUGUGUGUGUGUGUGUGUGUGAGUGUGUGUCUGUGUUUGUGUGAGUGAGUGUGUGUGUUUGAGUGUGUGUCUGUGUUUGUGUGAGUGUGUGUGUUAGUGAGUGUGUGUGUGUGUGUGUGUGUGUGUGUGCGUGUGUGUGUGUGUGUGAGGGAGCAGCGCCACCGUCUGGUCAGAUCUUCUGUCUGUUUGCUGUUAUUCUGAAGGACAGCAGACUGUUUCUGGAGGAUCUGGAGUAUUUGCGCAUCUGUUAAUAAAGUAGUUCUGUGUGAAAUCAACUGGAGACAUGAAUGUGACUGAAACUAUAUAAAUAAAUAAAAACAACUCAAGAUGGUUAUUUAAACAUG